AUGUCUCAGAUUCAUGCCUAUGUUAAAUCGGAGAGUAUAGACUUUGUUAGGCUAACUCGGUAUUUAUCUGACGUGAUAGAUAAGAAACAUAGUAAGUAUAAAAAAGCGUCCCGGAGAUUCAAUAGUGAUCCGUCCAAGAACUAUGCUGAUUUUAUCCGUCUCGUCUCUGGGAACAUUGUCAUUGCAAAUUCACAGCUCUGUUGCUCCGAUGGCAGAUCCGUUUUUGCUCCUUUAGAGCAAUCUCUCGAAGAGUUGGCAACCACUCGAAUAGACAUCAUAAUGAAAUUUUCCAAGGAUGAUAAUGGAUCGUUUAGCAUCUGGUCGUAUCCUUCAGGAGCCAGAGGAAAAGAAGGGAAGUCUUUUUGCCUGUUUGUUUUGGACAUUGGCCCUGAAAGUAUGCCCAUUUUAUUGGCUCAGCACGGACUUUUCAAACCCAAGUUUCGUCAUAAACGAUCUCUACUGGUUGAUAGGCCACAUCUCACAGAUCUUCAUAUUGCAGUGGACUCUAAUGAUAUAUUAACUCUUGGAUUCAAUAUCCAGUAUCAAAUAGACUUCAAACAGUCUUUGGAUGAAUUCAAUUCAGUGGAUUUCAUCAGGUACUUCACAGAACUUUCUAAUUUCAUCAUGAUCACUGAUCUCACAUCUUACCAAAAGGCUUGUAAUAAAAAUGAUCAGUCCGAAAGAAGAAUGAACCUGAAGCCUACAGAGGCAGAUUUCUAUUCGCUGAUUACAGAAAAUACAGAGAAAACUGCUUACGACAAGGAAAGAGGACCAAUGAGUGUUCCUGGCAUUCAUAAGAAGCUUAUGGGAUUUCAAAGCCAGACUUUGGAAUGGAUGUUACACCACGAAGGAGUUGAACUAGAAUUAGUUACCUCUGUUGAUGAUCGUUCUAAGCCCAAGUUUGAAGUUUGCAGAGUUAAAAGCCGUCUUAUGUCAGAAGCAAUCGAUGAUGAGACUUUAUCCUUACAAUUAGAUGCCUAUUGCUUUGGAUGGUCCAGAGUCAGGUUAUUAUACGAUCAAGAAAAUUAUUACUGGUUCAACAUGUAUACGUGCAAUCUCUGUUCUAGGCAGUACGCUAUUGAUACGUUGAAAAAUGUAAGCCAAUAUAGAGCACCUGCUCAAGCUUUGCUAUCAGAAGAGAUGGGACUCGGUAAAACAGUCGAAGUUCUGUCGAUGAUACAAAUGAACCCUCGGCCACAGACUGCUGACUUUGAUGUCAAAAAGAUAGAUACUUUCAGUGGUGAAAGAUAUUUGUCCGAAUGUAAGACCACCUUAAUUAUAUGUCCACAGACCAUUAUUGGCCAGUGGCUUUCGGAAAUCAGAGAAGGCUCUGAUUUAAAUGUGAUGAUCUAUGAAGGAAUCUCAAGCUAUGAAAGAGAAGCUCAGAAAGCCAAUCUGAAGCUGAAACCGGAGGAUAUCGCUAAGAAACUAAGUGCCUAUGAUAUAGUGCUUGUUUCGUAUCAUACAGUCUCUCUAGAAUUGCAUAGAGCUGUAUUUAUGCCCACCAGAAGACCCAAGCGACGCUGUACCAAGAAGUUGAAAAUAUCAAUUCCUGGGGUGACAUAUGAUUUCAAUGGUAAGGAACAUGUCGAAGGCAGUAUCGAAGAGAGUUCAUUUGAAAUGACAGAGGCAUCUCGUCAGGAUGAUAGCAGUAAUAUCGAAACAGAUAAUGAAUAUGAGCGAAUCGAUUAUUCUUCCCCGUUAAUGCUGUUAGAAUUCUGGCGGGUUGUGUUGGAUGAGGUUCAAAUGACAGCCAGUAUGAAUACUAAUGCUUCUAAAUUUGCCAGAAUCAUUCCUCGGGUGCAUGCAUGGGGUGUUUCCGGUACCCUCAUCAAGACAGGGCUGGAAGAUCUCUAUUCCUUGCUAAGAUUUUUAAGAUAUAGCCCUAUUGAUAGAUUUGCCUCCAACUCUAUGGAAUCCCCUUGGAGAAACAUGACCGAAGAUGCGCCUUACUAUGUGUUUUCGAGGUUAUUCAAGUCAAUAUGUUUAAGGCAUACGAAGAAAAUGGUUGCCGAUCAAAUUAAACUUCCCAAGCAGAGUAGAAUCAUGCUCAGGGCUCCGUUUACUAGUAUUGAGAGGGAUAACUACGAUUUCUUGUUUGGACAGUUCUUAACUCAGGUGGGCCUUAAUGAGAAUGGUGAGCCUUCUGUGGAAGAGUACGAUCCUAGUCGGAGUUAUAGUUGUAUGAGGAAAUGGUUAAUCAAGUUACGACAGGUUUGUUGCCAUGCGCAAAUGGGUAGAGCGGUCUAUUCAAAGAGACGUGAAAUUGAAGGGUCUAAAGGGGGCAGUAAUGACCAUGGCUUGGUUCCUGGUACCCUCGAUGAGGUGUUGGGUGAUUUAAUUAAAGCAGCCCAUGAGAAGUUUUGCACUGAUGAUCGUGCUAUCUAUGCAUUGGAGUUGAAGAAGGGCAAGAUCUAUGAGUUUUUGAGACGACCAGAAGAUUCAUUGAAGUUGUUUGAGAAUGUGAUUCCCAAGAUUGAAGGAAAGGCAAAGGAAUUUGAAGAAAGUUCGAAGAAAGAUGAUAUCAGCAGACUUAGAUCCUGGAGAGAGCUAUUGCAUCAGGCAUACUUUAUGCUCGCUUCUUCUUAUUAUCAACAUUAUAGACCAAUGAAACCAUUGCCUUCGACUUUUGCUGAAUUGAAUGCAAUGGAUGCUGUUGAUGACGAAGAAAAGAGGAUCGAGAUUGAUACUGACCUACUUUCAGAUGAAGAAAAACGCUACUAUAAUAUGGAGAACGAAUAUUAUAAUAAGGCUGAUGCUUUGUUGAUGCAUAUUCUAGAGGAACCUUUGAAGAAAGUGGAUGAAUGUAUUGAAAAGAUGGUUGAAAAGUUUGAGAAAUAUCGGGUGUAUACUAUUCCUGUAAAGCAGUUACCUGAGGAACUUAGAAACCAGUUUACUGAGUGCAAGUCGAUGGAUUCAGCUGCUGCUAUCAAGCUCGUUUGCAAGAUGAAUGAUGAGAUGCUUUCUGAAAAUCAUAGCUUCAAUCCGCAGACUUCCAUUUUUUACAGUCGGGCCAAAAGAUCAUUAACGCAACUUAAUUUGCAGGCUCAUAUUAUCAACAAUUGGAUUACUAGACUGGUUCAGUUAUUGCAGGAACCUGUGACUGUAGAUCAGAAAGUGGAUCAGUUGACAGGAGAGGAAUAUGGAAAGACUUUGGUCAGUCAAGAAUUAGCCGAUACCUAUCUUGAAGUUUUACAGACAAUGUUAGAAGAUCGUGAGCAUGGUAUUGUGAGUCUUGAAGAGAUACCUUCGUAUAGAAAGAAAAGUAUUUCUACGAAGACAAGGAAGAAAGACGAUGAGAAUGCUGUAGUGGUGAACAAGACCGCAAGCAGAGAGUUGUUUUUGAAGUUGGAUAGGAUAAGGAAAAUGUAUAUGCCGGAUGGUUGCUUUAACUCCAAGUAUAGUUUGAAGUUGAUUUGGUUGGAGUCUACUAACAUUGAGAUGGAUAUGAGAGUGACUCAUGGUUAUUCCUCUGCGGAGUUGCUUGAUGUGAUGCACGCAACAUCUCAGAGCUUGAAAGAGGAGUUUGACAAUCAAAAGAAAAAUAUUGCUCAGCUUCGAACUAAAGUAUUUGAGGUAAUCAAUGAUGCUUUUAAUGCAAGAGUGAAUUACUUUAGGGCUUUACAGAUCAAAUCCGAUUCUUUGGUUGCGUAUCGGCCCGAAGAUAGUUUUCAGCCAAGUGGAGAACCGGCCUACUUUGCACUCAAGGCCAUAGACUCGAUUGACGAAAGCUUAAGACUUCUACAAAACAAUUUGGUGAGGGGUCGAGGAAGAUUGAGAUACCUGAAAUCUUUGGAAGAGGGAGGAGGAGUUGAGGCAGAUUCAAUCUGUGUUAUCUGUCGAUCACAGAUUCUUGUCGGCGUAUGGACGGAAUGUGGACACAAGUAUUGUAAGGACUGUUUGGAAGAGUGGAUGAAAAAUAAGCCCAUUUGUCCGAUUUGCAAAAGGAUUUUGAGAAAACGGGACCUUUAUACGUUUACAUGUACACAGAAACAGUUAAAGGGGGGUCUGGUUGAAGAUUUAGAGGAGAAAAAAGAGGACAAUGGGAUGACGGAGGAGAAGGAGGAUAUAUCUGGGGAAAUCGAAAGGCUCAACAACUCGAAACGAAUGGAGAAGGAUAUCUUUAAGAUCUACAGGUCAAUGGAUAAUGACAUGUUAAGGGAGAUUAUGAGUAUUCAAUUGGCGCAAAGUUACGGAUCCAAGAUUGACAUGAUUUUGAGGCAAGUGUUGUUCCUUAAGAAGUAUGAAAAAGGAGUACAGAUUCUCGUGUUCUCGCAAUGGCCAGAAUUCUUGAAGUUAUUGGGUCACGCAAUGGUGCAGAAUGACAUCUUGUUCCUCUCUUCUGUUGAGAUGAGCCGAGAAAUGCGUUCUAGUGCUGGCAGAAGAGGAGGUAAGAAGAAGUAUUUGAAGGGAAGUGGGCAGAUUGAGUUGUUUAAAACAAACCCGGAGUUCACGUGCUUCCUUCUUAAUGCCAAGGCACAGGCUGCCGGAUUGACAUUAACAAAUGCAUCGCAUGUAUUCUUAUGUGAACCGCUAGUAAACCUUUCUUUGGAGCUUCAGGCCAUCAGUCGAGUUCAUCGAAUCGGUCAAAUGAAGCCUACGACUGUAUGGAAUUUUGUGAUUGAGAAUACGGUGGAAGAAUCUAUAGCUUACUUAUCUACAAAAAGAAGGCUUGAGCUCUCGAGAGAAAGAAGUGCUCAAGAGAUAGAUGUUGUGGAUGAAGAUGCGUUAGGAGUGACCGAAUUAUCGAAGAACUUGGAUAACCUAUUGGACAAGAAUGAUGGAGAAGUGAUUUCAAAUGACGACUUGUGGACAUCAUUCUUUGCCAACAAGUCUGUGCGGAUAGUGGAUUCGAUUAUUGGAAUGCAUGCUAAGAUGUAG